CUUGACUUAUCAUCUAGUUCUCCCGGAGGUCUAAUGAUCACAAUAAAACGUGAUCAAAGUAGCCUUACUUUUUCUAGGUCAUUCAAAAUAAUAUCAGGAAUAAAAAUGGUCGACACAAAAUGUACGUAUUUCAUUCCUUUUGUAUCUUCGCUAAUAACUUUAGUGUUAGUUGGUGCCGCUGAUAUUCCAUACAAUGUGCAGAUAAAUUUUACGGAUCUUGAAAUCUAUAUAGAAAAACUAGUUGAUGACCAAGUUGAAAAGAGACUGGCAAGUCAAGAGUUUGUUCGCCGAGAUGAUGUAGACGCAUUAAUUGCAACUAAACUGGCCACGCGAGAAUUUGUUCUACGGGAGGAAAUGGAAGCUACCAUUGCAAAGAAACUAAAGGUCCAAGAACUGGUUCUUCUUGAGAAGCUGAAAGCGGAAUUUGUUGAGGAAUUUGCACCUAUAGAUUUGUAUCAAAAUAUAGAAAAUGAAACCGGAACUGAAAAUGAUUUAAACAGUAAGUUUAUUCGUAGAAAGGAAACGAAAUCAGAGUUUGCAGUUCGAGACUCGGGUAGAAAAGAUCUAAUGCAAGAACAGAUUGAAAAAGAACUCACAAUCCGAAAAACAAAGCAAAGAAUCAAAGUUGAGACUAAACGAAGAAACAAAAGAGACCCGAGCGUUGAAAACGAGUAUAGUAAAGAGUUAUUUACGGACGAAACGAUAGAAAAGCAGGAAGGAAGGCAGAACUUUGCCGAAAACAAGAUAAUGGAGAACAGUAACAGAGAUACUAUAACGAGAGAGAUAAGAUCUACGGUGUACAACAAUGACCGAAAUUUCAAGAGGUUAUCGCUAAAUGUGGGACACCAAGUUGGUUUCACUGCUUGUGUUUCUAGUGAUGUAGUCACUCUUGGGGACAAGCAUACGAUUAUCUUCGACAAAGUCAUCUCUAACAUAGGAGGUGCAUAUCAUUACCACAUCGGCAUACUGAUAGCUCCAGUAAAGGGAAUGUAUGUCUUGCAUUUGUCGGCAACGUCUAGUCCAAACAGAGCUCAACAGUUGGCUUUCAUCAAAGAUGGUGUUGAGAUAGGUACGGUAUUUCCGAACGCGGUCGGUACGAAUACUUACCAGACAGCCGGGUGUCACUGGGUCAUUGAACUGGAACAGGGAUCUGAAGUAUGGAUUCAAACAAAAGGGGCUGGUCAAAUGUUUGGACAAUGUUUUACAGUAUUUUCAGGCUUCUUGUUAAAUGAAAUGGAUUAAUUAAUAUUUAGUGUAUAUCUUCAAUGAAAUAACAGAAGUUGUGUUCACAAGAUGAAGAGACAGAACAGAAAUUUAGAUAAUAAAGGUCUUUAAAAAAGCAUCAAUGUGCACAACUGUUUAUGAGUAGUGAAACAAGAGGACCAUGAUGGCCCUUAGCCGCUGACACGAUUUGGACUGUUGUACCUUGAAUAUAAAUCAUGAAGACCCAAUUGCAAACUUUAUCUAGAUUUCAUACAGAAAAACAUUCUGAUCAGGUUUCAUAUAUAUUAUGUGGAAAAUUUGGC